AUGGAUGGAACUACUAAAAUUAUAGAAAAACCGAGCGAGGAACCGGAGCGAGAAAGUUGGGGCAAAAAAACCGAGUUUUUAUUGUCCGUUGUGGGAUUUGCAGUAGAUUUAGGAAAUGUUUGGCGGUUUCCUUAUAUUUGUUUUAAAAAUGGUGGUGGUGCCUUUCUUAUUCCAUACCUUAUUAUGUUAGUAUUCGGUGGUUUACCUCUAUUUUAUAUGGAACUAGCUCUUGGUCAAUUUCAAAGAUGUGGCUGCCUUACUGUAUGGAACAGAAUCUGUCCAUUGUUCAAGGGUGUGGGAAUGGCUAUCUGUAUAAUUGCUACAUUUGUUGCUAUAUAUUAUAAUACAAUAAUAGCCUGGGCUGUGUAUUUCUUCUUCUCGUCAUUCCGAGCCCAGCCGCCCUGGUUGACGUGUAAUAACACCUGGAACACUCCACACUGCACCACCUUCAGAGAGCGAGCACUGUCCAUGUGUUUUGAGGAUCGCAACGACACGACGGCAUCCACUUACUCCAACUGUUCUGCUAAUGCCACAUCUGAUGAUUAUGCUUCUGCUGCCUCCACUGAGUUCUUUGAGCGAGAAGUAUUAGAGAUGCAGUAUUCCUCUGGUUUAGAUAAUGUAGGUCCGGUAAAAUGGACCAUGGCUCUGUGUUUAAUGACUGUAUUUCUAAUUGUGUAUUUUGCCCUGUGGAAAGGAAUUAAAAGUUCUGGGAAGGCUGUUUGGGUUACUGCUAUAUUACCAUACGUAGUAUUAAUAAUCUUACUAAUCAGAGGCAGUACUCUACCAGGAGCGUAUGAAGGAAUUAAGUUUUUUAUUACCCCGAAGUGGGAAAUGUUGUUAACAAUAACGGUGUGGCUUGAUGCUGCAGCUCAGAUCUUCUUCUCUCUCGGUCCAGGGUUCGGUGUUCUUUUAGCUUUAUCUAGUUAUAAUAAAUUCAACAACAAUUGUUACAAAGAUGCGUUAGCUACCAGUGCUAUAAAUUGUGGUACAAGUCUUUUAGCCGGUUUUGCCGUGUUUACAGUAUUAGGCUACAUGGCUCAUGAACAACAUAAAUCCAUAGAUGAAGUUGCUCGAGCAGAUGUUGGUUUGAUUUUCGUGGUAUAUCCAGAAGCUAUAGCUACAAUUGAUGGUUCUUCUUUCUGGGCUAUUAUAUUCUUCUUUAUGUUAAUUAUGUUAGGGUUGGACACAACGUUUGGAGGUCUUGAAGCUAUUAUAACUGGUAUAUUAGAUGAAUGGCCAUGGUUGAGGAAACGACGUGAAUUAUUUGUUAUCUGUCUGAUGUUUUAUUGUUUCCUGGGUGGACUAGCCUCAACUACUUAUGGUGGUAUUUAUAUUGUACAAUUAAUGGAUGUCUAUGCAGCACCAAUCUCCAUUUUAUUAGUGGUGUUCUUAGAAGCUAUAGCAGUAGGCUGGAUCUAUGGUGUAAAACAGUUUAGUAAAGAUAUUGAACUAAUGAUUGGUAAACCUCCAGGUUUAUUCUGGCAAGUCUGUUGGGCGUUCAUCAGUCCAUUUUUCUUAUUAACAUUAUUCGUACUGUCAGUGUUAAACACACCCCCACCAAGUUAUGGUACCUAUGUCUACCCAGUCUGGGCUAAUAUUAUUGGCUGGCUGAUAGUCUUGUCCCCAUUACUUUCAAUUACUAUUUAUAUGGCUUAUGCCUUCCUCAAGGCUAAAGGUUCCUUCAGAGAGGUGAGAUAUUAA